AUGUGGCCGAACCAGACCAACAGCAGCAGCGGCGGCGGUGGCGGAGGCGCGGGCGGCGCGCUGGUGUUCGAGCCCAUGGCGCUGAGCGCGGCGGAGGGCGGCGGGCGCGCGGGCCGCCUGCUGCUCGUGGCCGGCCUCGCCGUCGUCGGCAGCGUCGGCAACAUCUUCAUGAUCUCUUCCAUCAUCACCGAGGACCACCUGCGCAAGCGAGGUAGAGAAGGAUUUAACGCUGCGGCCGUCAGAAUAGUGGUGCGAGAGGAAUGGGCAGUGACACUGAUUCGAAGAAGGAGAAUAUGA